AUGAAGGGUUUGAAGAAGCACUAUAAAGAAGUCAUUAAUGUUUCAUCUGGUGAUUCACACAUGAAUGGAAUAAAACCCAUCACCUUUGCUCGCCAGGUCCUGGCUGCUUCCUUCUACCCGCCCCUCUUGAAUGAUGAGAGUUUACCUGUGGAUGCAAGAGAGAGGGCACAGAUGCUUCUGGAAGAAUGUGACGGAGGAAGCAUUGGAUCUUACACUUCUGAAUGUGGAAUAAGAAAAAUCAAGCGCUCUGUGUCAGAAUUUAUCACCAGACGAGAUGGUGUCACUUCUGACCCUGACAACAUAAUCAUCACAAACGGGAGCCAGAAAGCCCUAAUAAUGUUACUGAAGGUCUUGGUUGGCGGUGAGGGACCUCUGCAGACCGGCGUCCUCACUCCUGUGCCCUGUUAUAACAGCUUUAACAUGGCACUGGCUGCUCAAGGGGGGGUUGUGGUGCCCUACUACCUGUUUGAGGAGCAGGAAUGGGCACUUCAGAUAAAUGAGCUACGCCGAGCUGUAAGCACCGCCAGGGUAUACUGCAACCCCAAAGCACUGUACGUUAUCAAUGCAGGGAAUCCUACAGGUCAUGUACAAAGUAAGGACUCAAUAAAGGAAGUGAUUCAGUUUGCUGCAGAGGAAAAACUCUUCUUGAUGGCGGAUGAGGUGUAUCAGAGUAACAUCUAUGGAACAGGACAGGAGUUUCAUUCCUAUAAGAAGGUGCUUUCUGAGAUGGGUGCUCCGUACUCCAGCACUGUGGAGCUGGCUUCCUUCCACUCCAUAUCCAAGGGAGUCUUCGGAGAAUGUGGUCUCCGUGGCGGCUAUUUUGAGCUGGUGAACCUUGACCCUACAGUGAUGCGACAUUUGUGUCAAAUAUUUACCACAUCUGCAUGUCCAUCAGUGCCAGGACAAAUUGCCCUGGAUGUGAUGGUUGACCCUCCUCGACCCACACAGCCUUCAUAUCCACUCUACAUUCAGGAGGUUCAGUCUAUUCACAGGACAAUCAUGAACAAUAUACAGACGACUAUGGAGGUGCUCAACGCUCUGCCUGGAAUCAGCUGUCAACCGGUGAACGGAGGGAUGUUUGCUUUCCCACGCCUGCAUUUAUCAAAAGCUGCAAUAACACACGCCCAGGAGAAAGAUCUGGAGCCCGACAUGCUGUACUGCCUACGUUUGUUAGAAGAUGAAGGACUUUGUGUGGUUGCAGGCUGCGAAUUCGGACAGAAAGAGGAAACUUAUCACAUCAGGAUCAGUCUGGCUGUUCAGGAGGAGAUCAUGAAGGACGUGCUGCAAAGACUGAAGAGAUUCCAUCUCCGCUUCAUGAAAGAAUUCCCUUAAGCUCUACAGGGAUAAAACAUGAGGUUUUGGGGUAUUUGGUUAACCCUCAUGUUCUGGUGGGAUGGUUCAUGGUUUUAUUGUUUGAAUCGAUGCCACAAUAUCAAAAUUGUUUAAUUUUUUCACCCAAGUCAGUCGUGGUGAGCUGGAGCUUAUCUCUCUCUCAUCAGCCACCCCGAACCCUGAUUGAAGAGGGCCGUGGCCGUCAUGCACCACGAGCCACCAAUUACUUCCUUUCACCUCUACCUCUCCAUGUGGAGAGCCACGCACUGCCAUCUGUAAUCAGCCGCCCCCUGUGCAGGCGCCUCGACCGGCCAGCGCUUGCCCCAGUGACCUGGAUCCCUGUUUCGGUCACGGUCUGUGUAGACACCCGGCUGGCUGAGCAUGUUUGGGAGCUUAAGUGUGUUUUAUCCCCGUGCCACCCCAAUUUGUCUUUUUUAUGACAUAGUGGGAAAACAACCUAGCGUCAACAUUAAGUGGGUAUUGUAGCUUUACACUCGAUUGUUUCCUCAAUUUAAAAAAAUGCUUUACUUCACAGCAAACUUUUAAACCCUGGGUCAAGCCAAAAAAAAAUAGGUUGCAGAGAAAAAUAAUAAUAAUUUAAUAAACUUGUACACUAAUGCCCCCUUGUAGAGACUGUAUGUUACAGCUUGUAUAGAGAGAGUACGAUUCAUUGUGUUGCCUGGGUCUCGUAAAAAGUCAUGGACAAGCCGCUCAGGUGACGCAGUGGUAAAACACACUAGCACACCAGAGCUGGGGUUUCGAUUACAUCGUAUCGAAUCUCAGCUCUGCCAUCCGGCUGGGCGGCUGCAUGAACAACAACUGGCUGUUGUUCAUAGGGUAGGGUAAGCCGAGUAGGGACUCCUCAUAACUGCUCGAAUUACGACCUCUGCUGGCUGGUUGAUGGCGUCUGCACAGAGUAGAGGAAUAAUGCUGAAUAAUGCUGAUCAGGGUGUGGCUCUCCAUGCACAAAGCUGAUAGGCGUACAAACUCGCCUCAUGCAGGUGAAAAGAUGCAGUCGACUACUGCACACGUGUCGGAGGGGGCGUGUGACAUUCUCGCUCUCCUCAGUUGGGGCGGGGGUCAGCUCCAGUGGAGAGGAAGCACAAUGCAAAUUGGGUAAAAAUUGGAUGUAAAAAAUGGUUACAGCUCACAGCUAAUAAAUCAUUUCAUGUGUCAAUAAAAAAAAAUCAAAAACAAUGUGGUGGUAUUGAUCUUCAGUGGUAAGAAACUAUUAUUUGUAGAGAUCAAAUGAAAAAAGCUAAUCAUAGCAAAUAAACCAGACAAAAUGUGUCUCACAGAUUAGAUUUAUUGUGUUAUAAGCGACAAAUAA